AUGCGAGCUAUUAAUCAUUUGACUAAAUACUUUCUCUCAAAUAAGGGUAAUCGGGAUGAAUACUUAUCCAGACCAACAGCACUAGCAUCUUGGUGGAACAACUCAACAAUUUUAGGUGGUCGUGACAUAAAAAAUCCUCAACAAUCUGGUACUUGGCUAGGGAUAAACCGGUAUGGCAGAUUCGCAGCGAUCACAAAUUACCGAGAUCCAGAUCACUCGUCAGAAGUAAAAACAGUAUUUGACGAUAAUAAAAGUUUAGGCUUGAAUGAAUCUAAAACACCGCUCUCGCGUGGAAUUUUGAUAAACAAGAUUUUAGAGUCCCAAGAAACGCCAUUAGACGAGAUUAUGAGAGUUGAGGUUGAAGCAAGAGCAGAAAAUUAUGGUGGAUAUAAUAUCAUCACGAUGGAUCUUGCCAAUCAGGGAAAAAAUAAAAACACAAAUGACAGUAAUGACGAAAACGAUUGUCACACGUUUUACUUCGCGAAUAGACGUGAUAUCAGAUUGCAGACCUUAAAAAGUGGCGAGAUUUAUGGACUAUCAAAUUCCGUGUUGGAUGAUCCUUGGCCAAAAGUUGAGAUGGGGAAAUGUGAAUUCCAAAAGAUUCUAGACAAUAAAACAUUAUCAGAAAGCGAUAUGACAGUACCAUUCAAACCAAAGUCUACUAUACCUGAAAUACUAGAAAAUAUACGGCUCACUAUUCACGUUCCUGAGUGUCAACUGCAUGGAACUUACGCCACGCGAACUAACACGAUAGUUUUGGUGGAUUAUUCUAAUCGUGUGGUUUUCGUUGAACGAACAGUAUUUGAUGAGGCACGUGCUAGUAACAAUUAUUGUUAUUCCCACAUCAGUGCAGAUCGAUUUAAUACUACGUCUGAUACCGAUACAUCUAUUGACGAUUUUAUUGUUGCUAUUACUAAUGAAGUCAACAAUGACAAGGUGAAAGAAUCUGAUGACACUCAACAGCAGCAGUCAUUUUUUAAAUCAGAUGAUCAUAAAGAUCGGGUUUUUCAAUUCAAAAUUCAAAAACGUGAUUAA